GCAGCACGGUUGGCGUAAGUAGCUCCGGUGGUACUUAGUGACAAACCGGAAAUCACGCAUCGUUGCGUACUCUCCGGCGAGGCCGAACGUCAACAAACCGCACGAGAAUCGGAAGCCAGUGUCCAGGUUUACGUUUGAUUGAAAAACAGUCCACACUUGCGGCGAUGGCUACAAAGCAGAUCCCGUGGACUAUCGUCAGUCUGUUUCUAUUCUGCCUGCCAGCGGUAAUUAAUGCCAAGAUCUACACCAAGUGUGAACUUGCCAAACAACUGACCGCAAACGGGAUUAGCCGAACGUAUCAGGGACACUGGGUCUGUCUGGCGAUUGCUGUCAGUGGAUUGGACUCUGCCAAGACUACAUCGUUGCCUAAUCAAAGUGCUAACUACGGCAUCUUUCAAAUCAACAGCAAGGAAUGGUGCCGCGUGGGCUACAAAGGUGGCAAAUGUAAUAUGAAAUGUGGAGAUCUAGUAACGGACAACAUCACCAACGCCAUCAAAUGCUCUAAAAUGAUCCAGCAACAGAAAGGUUUCAACGAGUGGGUCAUGUGGCAGAAGAAGUGUAAGGGUAAAGAUCUUCCGGAUAUAACAAACUGUGGAGCGAUCGGAUAAAAGUUUACCUAGUACGAGACCUAGUAAGCGAUUACAAGAACAAACGGUCGACCUUCUAGAAUUUGCAUACAGCGUACUUUAGCACAGACGUAGUUUACCCGCUCACAUUGGAACAGAUAAUGUUAACCAGAAAUAAUCAAUAAAUUGGUGAUAAACUCAGGAUACAGGUUUUCCAACCUACAGGAUGCAGA